GAAGUAGUUCACGUCGUGAUGAGGCAGUCUGCAUGCGUCUUCAAAAAUUUUAGACUUAGAUCAUUUUUGAACUUCUGUGUAGUGAUUUAUUUGUUUAAUUAAUUUUAAAAAAAAUUGCAGUUGAUGUAAUUACUUAUACAGAAGAUGUCCGAUGGUAACGGAACUCCGGAUUCGUGGGAACAAACAACAUUUCAAACGGAUACAGGACGUAACGACGUUACUAAGAAAAUUUCAACGUUGAAUGUAAACGCUGCUGAAUUCGUACCAAAUUUUGGAAGUUUCGGUUCAAAAUCAGAUAAAAGUACAUCAGAGGCGAAUUGCGAAUUAAAAAACGGGGUCGUUUACGUAACACCUAAAGACUCGAUUGACGAAAAUGCUUCAUAUGAAAAAUCUAAACCCUCAAACUCUUCUGACGCAGGAACAGAAUCCGAAUCCGAAAUGACUAGGAUAGAUGUACCUCAAGAAUCGGCGGAUCCCGCUCCGCAACCUGUGGCCGGUGAUUCGGCCAAAGAUAAUUCUCCCAGCUCAGCAAUAGCCGAUUGCUGGGAAGACGCCGUAGACAGUGGUAAGUUAGCGUCUCCCAAGAAGAAUAACGUUGAAAAUAACGCCUCAUCGUCGAGCGAUAAAGACGACAAUAAUGUCGAAGUCGAGGAAGAAGAAGAAGAAGAAGAGGAGGAAGAGAAAGAAGAUACGCUCGGCGAACUCGAUAAAACCAAGGCGAGGAAAAAAGUCCCUGUCCAGCCCGCCGAUGCUGUAAAAAAAGAACACGUUAAUCUCGUUAUAAUCGGACACGUCGAUGCUGGAAAAUCUACAAUUGGAGGACAAAUUAUGGCGUUAACUGGUAUGGUCGAUAAACGUACAUUGGAAAAAUACGAACGCGAAGCCAAAGAAAGGAGUCGAGAAUCUUGGUAUCUUUCUUGGGCACUCGAUACGAAUCAAGAAGAACGUGAAAAAGGAAAAACAGUCGAAGUUGGACGAGCUUAUUUCGAAACCGAAAAGAAACACUUUACCAUUUUAGACGCUCCUGGUCAUAAAAGUUUUGUGCCUAAUAUGAUCGGCGGAGCAGCUCAAGCAGACUUAGCUGUCUUAGUUAUUUCGGCAAGAAAAGGAGAAUUCGAGACGGGUUUCGAUAGAGGAGGCCAAACCAGAGAACACGCCAUGUUAGCCAAAACCGCCGGCGUUCAACAUUUAAUAGUUUUGAUUAAUAAAAUGGACGAUCCGACUGUACUAUGGUCUGAAGAACGAUAUCAAGAAUGUCACGAUAAAAUAUUACCUUAUUUAAAAAAAUUAGGAUUUAAUCCGGCUAAAGAUUUAUCAUUUAUGCCAGUCUCCGGCCAGACUGGUUUAGGCUUAAAAGAUCCCCUCGAACCCAGCGUCUGUCCUUGGUGGAGCGGACGACCUUCGUUUAUCCAAUUCAUAGAUCAAUUACCAGCUUUAAAUAGGCGAGCCGAAGCUCCAUUUGUUAUGCCAAUUAUUGAUAAGUAUAGAGAUAUGGGUACCUUUAUUAUGGGUAAAGUCGAAGCUGGCGAAGCCAAAAAGGGCCAAACUUUAUUGGUUAUGCCAAAUAGGACUCAGGUAGUUGUUGACCAGUUUUACUGUGACGAUCUAGAAGUAAAUUCGGUAGCUCCUGGUGAGAAUGUAAAAGCCAAACUGAAAGGUAUCGAAGAAGAAGAUAUUUCUCCCGGAUUUGUUUUAUGCGACCUUAAUAAUCCAGUACGCGUAGGAAAAAUUUUCGAUGCUCAAGUCGUUAUUUUAGAACAUAAGAGUAUCAUUUGUCCUGGAUAUUCUCCUGUGAUGCAUAUUCAUUGUGCUGCCGAAGAAGUCGUUGUUAAAACUCUCAUUUGUUUAAUUGAUAAGAAAACCGGAGAGAAAUCGAAAACGAGACCACGUUUCGUCAAACAAGAUCAAGUCGUUAUAAUGAGGUUGGAAUGUUCCGGAAUUAUUUGUAUGGAAAUAUUUAAAACUUUCCCUCAAAUGGGACGAUUCAUCUUGAGAGACGAAGGUAAAACGGUCGGCGUUGGAAAGGUGCUUAAAAUUGUUGAAUAAAUUCAGCCUGCUGUUGCUGCUCUUCCUCUUCGUAGAUAAUUUCACUCGUACGGGAUCAAAAGUUUACUAAUCGAAUGCUGUUGUUACAUUGCUGCGAAAUUUUGUAGCGAGAAAAUAACCAAAAUGUUAAAUAUAAAUCGCUUAUUUCGUGAAAUUCGCUCUACCCCCUCCUCAAAUCGCAUACUCCCUUCCCCAUUCUCCCCGUAAUAAUAUCGUGUUUUCUUGUCUAUGUUUUUUAAAAUUAAUUUAUUUAAAUUUAGAACGUUAAUGAAAUAUAUAAACGUGCCUUAUUACAAGUAUAUUAACGUACGAUACAACGCGACGCGAUUGAGGAUAAUGUUCCCCUCUCGUAUCCUUCCACUUCCUUUAUUUCUGUAUAAAGUACUUAGAAUAUAUUGUUCGGUGUACGUCGUCGUGUUUACGUUUUCCGUAAUUACCUACCUUUUAUUUAACUGAGGGAGUAAAAUGGGUAUUUACUCACUUUGGCUAAUCGCCUAAAGACUCGGUUUUUUCUCACGAUUAAAUUAUAUGUAGUAUCUUAUUUAACUAGGAAAAUGAUGACAUUUUCGACGAAUUUCGAAUUAUUUGUAAUUGUAAAUAAACCUCACAGUUUAUCGAAGAUGUCUGUAUUUUUCUUGUCGAAUAAAAUGCUAUUAUUACCGUCUUACCCCGCUCGAUAAACGAUUAAGAAUGUACCUUUCUUCGGCCGCUGAUUUUUUUUUUGACUAAUUGUUUAAUGUUUACCAAUGAGAAUGAGAACCAUAAUAUUAUUAUGUUUGUGGGAUUUUGAAAUAGUUCAUAUUUCUCGUUUAAAUUAUUAAAAAUUUCGUUAAUGUGUAAUUUUUUCUCUUUUUUUUUAUACAUACAUUAUACGCAUUAUAUUAUUUAUUAGAAUGUUAUUAUAUAAAUUUAUUACGAUUAUAAUUAAGCCAAGUUGAACAGAUUUUUUUUAUUCGAUUCUUUUUAUUUUCUUUUUCGUUCGAUUUUGAUUCCGAAAUUAAUUAUAAUAUUGGCUAUAAUGAUGUAUAAAUAUUUUCAAGUAUUUUUUUUCCGCCCAUCGAAGGAAUUUUUUAGUUGCUGUAUUUAUGAAAAAAAGUGUAUUGUGAUUAACAACUCUGCGCUCAAUUUGUAUACGUUUGGUGAUUUAUUUUAAACAUUGUUCGAACACCUGGAUUUCUUGUUCAAAUACAGAGCUGCUUUGUGAAAAAAAAAACAAACAAACGAUA